AUGGCCUCAGUGCGCUCACUAGGUCUUCACCAUCCCCCCGCAUUGCCCUUCCUCAUCAACGAAGGCCUCCUCCCACUCGAACCCUCAGACGACGACUAUGUUUGGUAUACGCAACGAGCUGAAUCCGAUGACGAUAUUACAUACACAAAAAACUGCGCUGUUUGGUCCCGCAGUGGCGUAGUGAAGCGUGUUUUCAAAGUUGAAAUCGAGAAGGAGGAAAUUCGACAUGUCGUUCUUACAACCUUCCCUUCGGUGACUGGACGUGAGAACACUCGGAAAUCUGACACAAAUGUAAUUGGUGUGAAAGAUGUAUCUAUAGGCCGUGCUCAGAAUGUCGAGGAAGAGGAUACGGCGAGGGUGGUCGUGGCUCCUAUUGACCAUGGGUUCACAAAAGGACGUUUACGUUCGCAAGAAGACGAUGCUAAAGCUCUGGUCGUUGUCCUCAAAACACAGGCACAUAUAUUCUUUCUCGCCGGCAACACUCAUGUUGUCCCCUUGCCAUUCGAAGUCGACUUCGUAUUUGCGUCACCCCGAGGCUUGAUAUUUCAGAGACGAAUCCCUGAUGUCCCGACGUCUGUACCCGGAGCGCCUCCCAAUUCCUUCUUGUCGCAGACAUUUACAGAAAGCCGAAAAAGCGAUGUUUUUAGAUCUUCAAGGACUAGAGAUAGUCGAUUUUCGUCUAUAGCACAGCCGUCUCGGCCACAGAAGAAGUCAGAGGAUGACAUGCCCCGAACCUUCUCCCUGACAGAUCCACAAUCGGAAAUGGGCCACGUUGUUGCCAACCAAUCUACCCUUAUAACACACGGUGCUCAAGAUUCUUGGGCAUUUGACAGUCUCGAUCCCACGGAGGAAAUUGUCUACGUUUCCGCCGUCAACGAACUAACAGGCGACAAUGUUUCUCUCACAGAAAAUCCUCUGGUUCUUGUGGUCACAAUGAACACAGAAACCGGACUCUAUACCAUCUGGACAGCAAAAUUUCGAACAGAUGCAAGUGUACGUGAGUCAAAGAAACGGAAGAAGCCGCUUGCCAGCGGAGCCCGAUCAAAACGACGAAGUUCGCAUUAUGGAAUGGCAACGGGCGCUACGACUCCUGUUGCUCGCCCAUCUGGCUUAAGGGAAAGCAUCGGGGCAGGCCGAAAUAUUCAUGCAGCUUCCUUUUCUCACAGUUUUCAAUCAGAGGACCCUCCUGAGCAAACAGACUUUGCGUCUCAAAUGGGACAAGAAUUUGACGACAUCGGUGUGCCCUCAAAAACAUCGCGUCGAGUAAGUUCAUUGCUCGCCAGAACUGACCUAGGAGCUAGUCAAGAUAGACAAACCUUUUCCGACCUUGCAACCGGGAACCCAGGAGGAGCAACAAAUCACGGGAGUCUACGACAAUCCAUAGGAGCCUACAGUACGCGUGCCAGCUUCGGCUAUAACUUGCGGAGCUCUCUUGCAGGGAACGCUUCUAUCUUCAGUAAUACCAGUAGCUUCUUAGAUGCUCCUGUCGAUAGGCUACUUGAGGAACUCAACAGUGGCGGUGAUUUUGAAGGAUUCGAAAGCAUGGACCUUACGGGUCCCAUGUCCGGCUUGCCCAAGGAAAUGAUGCUUCGCAAGGUUGAAAGUUUUUCAGCCGGCCUAGCAACUGGCAGUUUUUCUUUUUCUGAACUGAAGCGGAAUCGUUCCAAGUCCAAAGCUUUUACCCUUCGACCCAAUGAAAACAUCCAUCAGAAAACGCCCAGUUCGGCACGCCUUGCCCUCUGCCUGCUUGACCCGAUAUCUAAAUGCUUAGUCGUGGUGGAUCUCAAAGUACAGAGCGUGAAAUCGUCAGAGAGGGACAAGAAAAAACGAAAAACGUCGCUCAAGGGUAAUGAGAUAUCUACAGUCGUUCAUGCUAUAGGCAUACAGCAUUCUCCAAAUGUUAUGGAUGUGUGUAAGAUUGUCGAUAAUGGCAUUUCGAGAAUGCUAACACUCAAGUCUACCAUGGAUGGCAAAGGUGAAUUGGCUCUGCAAUCUCCAUGGAGCCCUUCCAUCAAAAUUGAGCUUCCGUCUAAGCUUUCAUUACAUACACCCGAUGACUUUUCAAUUGUACAGAAUCGAGCACCGGACACCGGUUUAAAGAGGGUUAUAGGCGACCCGAAUUUGAAGCUUGCUGCAUUCGGACACUCUUGCUCGCGCGGCCAAGUGGAUGUUAUUGAUGCCGAAAAAAGAUGCCACCGUAUCGAAGUUCAACUACAGCCGAGGAAUCCAUUUGUGAAAAAGGCGCUAGCUGUAUGCCGUUUUGCUCUUCGAGAAUCCCUCCGAGCCGCGGAUGGAUUAUAUACAGCUUGGUGGGAAGUACUACGGUGGCUAUCCUCACGGGAUUCAGACGAAAACGACCUCGAGUGGACUGCCUUUGUCGUCGUGCUAUUCACCAUGGGAGUUGGAUUCAUUGAUUCACCGCAAGCCCAGACACUCGCCACUAAGAAACGGAGACGUAAGGCAAAUAUCUUGAGGUCAAGUAGUGGUAGCUAUAUUGACCAGGAAAGUUGGGAGUCUAUGACGGAGAAGAUAGCAGGAUCGUCUGGAGUUGCGGCGUCAUGGAUGAUGAACAGUUCCUGGGCAUGGGCAUCGGACCAGAAAGAUGACAAGGCAUUUUUAGCAGACCAAAACUCACGAAACGAUCAAUCAAAAAACUCAUACCUACUGCGGUGUGUAAGCCUCGCACGUGAUUUCUUCGAAAGUCCUCAAGGAGAAGCUGCGUCGGGCUCUGAAGGCUACCUGCCAACUGCUCUUUGUCAGAGCCAGGAGACAAGGCGUACUGCUUUAUGUAGUAUCCUCGUUGGUCUGCAUUUAUUGCGCGAGGAGCAGAAACUGUCGAUCUGCGACAGUGAGAGUUCUUACCAAGAACGAGGAAUGCUAGCACCUGUAUUAGCCCAGAUUGGUGGAUGGGUUGGAUGGAACUCAUGGACAUGGAAGGAAGACGGUUACUAUGGCACAGAAAUGGCGACAAUGAGCCGUUGGGUGUUUGAAGAUAGUCGAAUAUCCGGGCUAAACAUGCCACCAGAGCCCUUCGUUCCUCCUUCGAUAUUUGCUCACUUACAAAAUUCGAUCACAACUUCACCCUCGACUCCAUUCUCUACGCUUCUUGAUGUCUUUCCUGGUUCGAGUCGCACUUCCGAUAAGCAAAGUCUGAGAAAUGAGGUUUCGAAACUGACUCCGAGAACCUUGGCGAUCAACGGAUUCAUGUCAGAAGUACACCAAGCAACCAGCACUGUCGAUAAAGUAAAAAUUUUACUUCGAUGGGGCUUGACGAUCAACGUUAUCGAAAGCUUACCAGAGGGCGUAAGUGCGCCUUUGUUUGAACUUAUAGUCCGUUGCCAGAUGAAACCACCAGUGUCUUGCACUGCUGCCUUAAUAGGGCUUAUUGAUCGCGAUGAUCUCUACAUGUCUAUGGAGGUUGAAGCUACGACUCAACCCACUUCUCGACCACAGAUCGGAACAAGCCAUGUCUCUUUGCGAGAUGUUCACCACAUAGGAGCUUCGACGCUAGAUUUUGAACUCUCAAAUUCCUUUGAGGCUUCCGUCGAGGCUGAUCGUAUGGCUAUUACUAGAUUGAUGUACCGAGAGGACAGACGGCUACAAGAAGCUUCUAAGCUUCUCAAUCAAUCAAAAGCACCAGUUGCACAAUGUGUACCCGAGCCGGAGUGGACUGAUUCUGAGCUACUUGAAGCGCAAAAAGAAGUCGUUCAACUAGUCACUCUGCGGACUCUUUCGGUGCCCGCUGGUCGGGCGUUGUUUAUGUUCAGUUGUCGGGCACCUCUGCUUACUGAGAAGCUUCCGAUACCGUCCUUUUCGCUGCAGUGUUUAAUGAAACCGUCAAAUGUGACAAUCAGCGCGGAUAGAUCAGCCUUCAACGAGGAAAAGGUGUGCUGGGCUUUCUUUCACAAUGGAGCGGCUACGGGUCUGGCUAUAUCCAAGGCUUCUAAAGGUAUUGAUACCUCUUGGAUCCUCUAUAACAAGCCACAGGAACUCACAAACCGACAUGCAGGCUUCCUGCUUGCCCUUGGGCUUAAUGGACAUCUCAAGAACUUGGCAAAAUGGGUAGCAUUCAAAUAUUUGACUCCAAAACAUACAAUGACAUCUAUUGGCCUUCUUCUGGGUCUGUCUGUGUCUUACUUGGGAACGAUGGAUACACUCAUUACUCGCUUACUCUCAGUACACGUUACGCGAAUGUUGCCACAAGGUGCAGCUGAGCUCAAUCUCUCGCCACUUACUCAGACGGCGGGCAUUAUGGGCAUAGGGCUACUUUAUUGUGAUUCGCAGCAUCGAAGAAUGAGUGAGGUGCUUCUAUCUGAAAUCGAGAAUGUCGGGCAGGAGGAAGCCGCUAUUACCCCAGAGACUCUUCGAGAUGAAGGAUACAGGCUUGCUGCCGGGUUCGCCCUUGGGUUUAUCAACCUUGGAAAAGGGAAAGAUCUCCAAGGCCUACGAGAUAUGCAACUUGUGGAACGACUUCUGGCAAUAGCCAUUGGAACGAAGAAUGUCGAUCUGGUGCACAUCUUAGACCGGGCGACUGCGGGUGCUACUGUAGCCCUGGCAAUCAUCUUCAUGAAAACAAACGAUGAAAUGGUUGCUCGUAAGAUCGAUAUUCCAGAUACGAUCGUGCAGUUUGAUUAUGUUCGACCAGACAUCUUUCUUUUGCGCACACUGGCUCGGCAUCUCAUCAUGUGGGACAACAUUGAACCGAGCUUUGAAUGGCUUCUUCGCAGCAUUCCCAAAUCUUACAGAAAGCGCCACACACUCAGCACAAUAAAGCGGCUUUCGAGCGAUGACAUGUCAUUUUUCAACAUCAUUGCGGGCCUGUGUUUUGCCAUUGGGUUGCGAUAUGCAGGCUCAGCUCACGCCGGAGCAAGAGAUCUGCUCAUCCGAUAUCUUGAUCAAUUCAGGCGAAUUGUCCGUCUUCCUGCUCCACAUUACGACAGCCAGCUAGCCCGCAAUUCGGUGCGUCACUGUCAGGACAUACUAGCAAUCUCAGCCGCAGCGGUUAUGGCUGGAACGGGUGAUCUGAACCUUUUCAGGCGGCUACGCUCGCUUCACGGACGAAUUGAUCCUGAUACAACGUAUGGGAGUCACAUGGCUGCACAUAUGGCAAUCGGUUUACUUUUCCUGGGUGGCGGAUGCUACACUUUGGGCACGUCAAAUUUGGCAAUUGCAUCCAUGUUGUGCGCAUUCUACCCGCUGUUCCCUACAUCAGUCUUAGACAAUAAAUGCCAUCUUCAAGCAUUCCGGCAUCUAUGGGUUUUAGCGGCGGAACCGCGUUGCCUCAUCGCCCGGGAUGUGGAUACUCGACGGCCUAUUGCUAUUCCUGUAUCGUUGCAUAUGAAAGAUGGCACGACACGAGAGACUACUGCUCCCUGCUUGCUGCCUAAUCUGGAGGAGAUCGUAGCAGUCAAAGCGCACAGUCGGGACCAUUGGCCACUAGUUCUAGAUUUCAACCAAAAUGAGAAAUUGCGCGGAAAGUUCCGAAAGGGUGAUCAGUCGAUUUAUUUACGACGCAACACGACAUACGACCCAUCCGGAAGCUCUGUAUUUGCUUCAACGCUGUUAGGGCUGAGUGAAGCCCAGGAUAUUCUUCCUAGUACUACGAUCGGAUCGUGGAGAAGACCCAUACCGAAUAGUGUUGCGCUGCUGAUGUCCCAAGGGCGAAGAAGCAAAGCGAUCAACAACGUGAGACAGGACGUGUGGGACUGGAUCUUUUCGUUACGCCCAUUACGGGGAUUGGAUGUCGGUGAUCGGUCAGUCGUUUUGCCACCGUCUGCAACAUUUCAAUUUCAAUCACGGGCUUUAGCAGCGAAUGAUGAAGAUGGAACGGCAUUGGCGAUGAUCCCUCCCUGGUUAAGAGUCUCCUCAGUAGACAGCCGUCUCGUGCUGGAGAGUAUAGCCAGUGAAACUGUUGCAGGCGUAACUGCAACAGGACAUGCGCAUAGCUUCGAUGAAAUCAAAGACCGUCUUUGGCAAUUACGUCUCCUCUUUGACUGGGUAGAUCGUCAAGUGAAAACUGAAAGAGAAGAACAAGACGGUGAAGAGAUGACAUGGGUCCAGCAAUCCAUUAAGGUCCAGAAUCGAGCGUCACCGGUAGUAACAGCGGAGAUACGGAAAAGAAAAGGAGGAGGAUUGUGGCUGAACUACGACGUUAUUGAGCAAGCACGGUGGAAGAUCUGGGGUAUCCAGGUUGGAGAUUUGGACCAAGAAUAGAUAGUAUCCGCCGCUGCGGGGGUGUAGCAUUACUAUGGUAUAUCACGGAGUGUCUUAUUAGUCGAAUAUGUCUAGUUUCAGUG